GCCAACCUGAGCUGAGUAGCUAACCUGCGACUCCCGCCGCAACUCCAAAGAUGAUGGACUAUGGGGAGUCAGAGCUGGAGUCCAUAGAAGGGGAAGAGGCCGUGGCGGUCCCAGGGCCACCCCCAGAACCCCGAGCCCAGGAACCCCGAGCCCCGGUGCCUGAACCCGGCCUGGAUCUGAGCCUGAGCUCGCGGCCCGAGAGCCCAGAGCCGCGAAACUGCAGCUCUGGGCAGCGGAAGGGGCGGGGGGAGCGGCGAGGCGGGGCUCGGAAGAGGCGGCAGGUCCGUUUCCGCCUGGCGCCGCCUUCCCCAGUUCGGUCUGAGCCGCUAUCGGCAGCCGCUACACCGAGCGACAAGCUUGCGGCGCCGCAGGAGCUGGAGGUGCCCGCGGUACAGAGCAGCUUGGCCUUGAGCCUUGAACUGCAGGCCGCGCGGGCUGCAGCCGGGAACCAGUUUGAUGCUGCGAAGGCCGUGGAGGAACAGCUGAGAAAGUCGUUCCAGAUCCGCUGCGGACUGGAGGAGAACGUGUCUGAGGGGCUCAACGUACCGCGGUCCAAGCGCCUCUUCCGGGACCUGGUGAGCCUGCAGGUGCCGGAGGAACACGUUCUGAACGCUGCGCUGAGGGAAAAAUUGGCUCUCCUCCCGCAGGCCCGACCUUGGCCUCCAAAGGAGCCACCUGGGCCAGGCCCAGACAUGACCAUCUUGUGUGACCCAGACACACUGUUUUAUGAAUCACCACACCUGGCCCUGGAUGGUCUUCCCCGUCUCCGGCUUCAGCUCCGGCCCCGACCUUCAGAGAACACCUUCCUCAUGCAUCGGACACUAAGGCGAUGGGAAGCUUAGAACUCAAAGCUCUCUGGAUGGGUAGCACUUAUUUUUGUGUGUUAAAAUAAUUUUUCAAAAUAAAGUAAUUUUGCUAACAAA